AACCAUGAUUAUUUUAAAUUUUUUUCUUCUCUCUUUUUUAAUUUGUAAAUCUGAAAAAAACAAUUAUUUGUUCGAACAAAAUGGCAAAUUCCAUACGAAUGAUAAUAGUAGGUUUGAUUGGUUUAUUUGUCUUGAUUAAUAACGUCAAUAUAGCCCAGGCCAGAAAUCUUGUCAUAAUGGCUGCACCAACAACAAAGCCACCACCACAUCCGACAACAAAACCACCAUCACAUCCGACAACAAAGCCACCACCACAUCCGACAACAAAGCCACCACCACCAACAACCCAACCACCGACACAACCACCGACAACAUUAAUGAAUCCUGCUGAACUUUUACGUCGAUUAAUAACCAGAGCUGAUCAAUUGAUUAGUGAAACAAAAACAGCAUUAGAACAAUAUCGUUUGGAUCGAAAUUAUUUUGCCGGAUCAUUGGAAAAAGAAUUAACAUCAUUGAUAAAAUAUACUGAACAUUUGAAAAAAGAAUCUGAUGAUGUUGAUAGUUCAAAUCCAUUUUUUCGUGAAUUUGUUUAUCAUGCUGAAAUGCAAGUUGGUAAAACAAUGGGACGUAUACAUGAAUUAUUGUAUCUAGGUGAAAAAGGUACCGAUCCAGAAUAUGUACAAUUAUUACAUCUAAUGGAUGCAUUGAAAACACGUGCAUAUGCUGAUAUUGGAUAUCUAUUCAUGCAUGGUAAAAGUGAUCAAGCACAAAGUAUUAAGGAUGAAAUAUUACAGAUUGAACAAUUGGAACGUGAAUUAAAAUCAACCGAUUUUAAGCUAUCCCCACAGAUUUCUGAACAAAUUGUUGAAAAAAUUUUAGAACACGAACGUCGUCUUGAAGAGGAAUUAUAUAAAAUUGAAGAGGAUAAUCUUUGAAUCCAGAAAUCGACAACACAAUCUCACAAUUAAAAUAAAAUCAAUUAGAAAUAAAUCCUUUUAUUUUUAUUGUUUA